GUCACCGGAUUACUUUUUUCCCUCAGUCGCCGAAUUCUCUGCAUUUUUACUUCAUUAAUUUUAUUCACUGGAUAUUUAUUACUUGGGUGUACUCCUUGCCUUUAUUUUUACUUUUGCCGUGCUAACAGUCUUUCUAAGCGUGACAAUCUGGCUAAAUCACUUGUUAGGCGUUGCUCUUUGUAUUUUUCAAAUUUUUUAAAUUUUAAAUAAUUUUUUUUAAUAUUUUAGUGCCUUCCACUAUAUUGUUUUGGUCUCCUCUCUAUUUUUUAGUAUUGGCCUAAUUUUCACAAAUUUAAUUUUAUUGUCUUCUGUUCAUUUAUUUGGUCCAAAUAAUUGGCCUCCAGAAAUUAGUAGACUUUGCCUUUCAAUCGACCAAAAUCGUCAAUUAAUCCACCCUAUUUUAUUGCCUGAACAAACUUCACUUUUAUUACCUUUUUCAACAACAUUAAAUAAUAAAUUGCCGUCACAAUGCAAAUCUUUAUGGGAUUAUCCCCAUCCUUUACCUUUAACCUCAAAAUGGACACUGGGGAUGGCUAGAAGGAUUCCUGGGCAAUGGCAAGCUCGAAUACCUUUGAAAGUUGAUGGAAGCCUUAUGCUUGCUGUCAGUACCCACUUCAUUUCCAACUACACUCAACAACGCUCUCCCCAACAUUUUAUCUUCUAUGAUUACGCUCUCCUUAAAUUUGGUUCAAACUCUACAAAACCUAUUGAAUGUAACAGACAAAAAUAUUCUGGAUGGUUGUUUACAAGCAGCAAAUCCCUUCAAUUAGGCUUCCCCUAUUUUCUGGCUUGUUCUCCCAGUAUUUAUUUUAGAAAGGCGGCUUUAAUUGACUGUAAUACUUUGACUAGAAGAUUAUAA